AUGUCCGACGAAGAAAUUAACAAACGCAGAAAAACUGUUUUCAUCCAGCAUCCCAAACGAAGUACAUCUUCCAAGUCGGGUGAUGCGUUUGAUCGCAAGUAUAAAGUCGCCGUGAAAGCCUACCACAACUUCAUGGAGGGAUUAAAUUUAGUGCUGAAAGAAAAAGAGGCAAAAAUGUCGAAAAUCCUUCGUAAACGUAGCACUCCGUUUUGGUUCCAAGAGUUAACGGACGAACAGUGUGCGAUCUGCGAUCAGGUGCUUGAUGCCAUUGCGGAUGAUACGAACGAGCGUACAUUUCAUCGCACGGAAACACUCCUCCGCAAGCUGGGCAUCUAUCCUAUUUGUUCGAAAAGAAUUUUACGCACGGCGUUGAUUCUCUGCAGCGGGAAUGAUAUAUCUUUCAUCUGGAUACUGCUCGAGUUGCAUUAUAUACGCCGUCCCGGAAAGGAUAGCACACACCGUCUGAAGGAUUAUACGAUCAACGAACGGUUGCUGCUAUCGGCGAUUGCACACUUGGACAUGAUGACCACACUGCGUGGGUUGGAGAAGAUUUUACCACCGAAGAAAUCGGUCCAGGGUUCGUCACUUGUGGAAGUUAAAGGUGCAGAAAUGUCCAGUCCAAAGCCUUCUCGGUCUCGCUGCAAAUCUCCUUACUUAACCCGUCAAAAGGUGAUCGUUACCGGCUAUACCGUCCCGGUACAGGUUCAUCCACAUUGUGAUGAAUUUUUAGGACGGUAUGAAAAAUAUCGUAACCCCGAGUACGUCAUACGUAAUGAGGAGUCCCGUUGGUUUGCACGAUACGGGGGUUCUGGCCGCAAUCUCUCUUCCUGUGAUUAUUUCUACUCUGCCGACGAUACACAGGACAUAGCCUCAACAGCGAGCAGUGAUCAUUCGAUUACCAGCGCGAGUGCCGUCGUAAUGAGGCUGUUGGAUGAUCAAAUCCGUAACACGAUCGCCCGACAAGAAUGUUGCCAGAAGCUCUGCCCUAAACAUCACCAGCUAGACGAACAGAGUGUUCAGUUGUUGGGAAUUCUAAAGCGUAGCACUGCGGCCCGGGAUGUCCUGAUGCAGGCGGUACAUGCGCAAUGUGUGCAAUGGGCGGACAAAGAGCUACAGGAUGACGCCAAACGGCAAGUCGAGAGUUUACUCAAACGCCUCGUCGAUGAAGCGGUAACGAUGGCGAUCCUCGAACCGGUCAACGAAUGUCCCGAGUGUCGGGAUCGAUUUGAACUGCAGCAGAAACUUUUAAAAGCGCAAAAAUGUACUUGCGUAGCUUCGGAGGGUUCCGAUACGCUUGUACCAGAGUCUAUGACAAACUUGAACCAACGUUACUUUAAAUUCUGCGACAAAUCGGUCCCAUUUGAGUUCGAUUAUGAUAGCAUCUUUCGAGGAUAUGAACUAAGAGAACCAGUUUGUCCCAUUAAAAGUGCUAUACAGCGUGCACUUGGUUUGGAAGCAUCUGGCACCAUACGGGACAUGGACAUUGAGCAGGCGAUCGAGAAGUUUGCCAAGAUGACUUGGGACGAGGAGAAGAAACAUUGGCAGGAACAGAUGGCAAAAGAUGUCAGACCGCAGGAAUUCCCACCGGUGACAACUGACCCGCUCGAAGUAGACUACAUAGACACGAAAGAUUUGGGCUUUUUGCAGGAUCUCUUAAAGCGUGCACUUCGCCGACUUGCCGAAAAUCCGAAGUAUUUGCUAGCGACCUUCCCGUGCGCUGAUCAGUUACCGAUCUUGAAGGCUUGGAUACGUGCUCGGUAUGGAGUGCCCAUUACGCCGAAGGAAAGAAAAUCAGCUUUGCUGGAGAGUAAACAUUUCUGGAACUAUCUCAUACCGCGUGCGACCACAAUGCGAUGGCCAUCACGUAAAGAUACCGGUUUGAAGUUGCAAGUUAACUGGAACUACAAAUCAAAGCUAGAAUCAAUGGCUGGCAAUUUAAUGUACAAAUUCUACAGAAAGUUCAAAAACGUCCAAAUACAGGAGGGUCGCAUAUGGUGGACCAGUAUGGUACCCUAUCACUCCGGACCGGACAGGUUCCGUCAAACGUUUUCGGCUUACUUUCCCAACUGUGAACCGGAAAUGAUACCUCAGGUACGACCGUGGUGUCCUUUCCAGUACCGAUCGAUGCCGAAAGUGAAGCCUACCAAUAGUAGAAGUCGAUUUUAA